AUGGAAACAAUUGCAGGUCAUUUCUUUCUCGUAGGAUUGUCGAGGAAGACGUUCAGUGAUGUGGUAGCGGUGCAUAAACAGAAUGAAGAGAGCGGUGUCUCAGGGCAAAGCAAUGCUUUGGCAAUGAAUGUGAGCAAACGCCUUUCAUUGAAACAAACACCAGGUGCUUCGCCAUCAUCAUCUCGAAACAAAGAUGAGAAUCAUCCUGGAAGCUUGUUUACUUCUCCAUCCAUUUCAAGAUCCCCUUGUCGAACUUCCUUAGAUCACAAUUCUUCUCCAAACGUAUCAAAUCUUGCUGAAAAAAGCAAGAGCAGUUCUUCUGUAACUGAUUCAAGCGUUACUACUCCGAGUCUAUCUCGAAAGAACUCUGUCUCCCAACUGUACCCUCAGAAUAAGCCUUCUCUGAAUUUAUCUGGUCUUAAUAAGGAUCGUUUACAAACUCGCUUCAGUAUAGGCACGAAUUAUACACUGUCCGACGUUUACAAGUCUUACGACGCUUAUUCAGAAGACCUUCCUUUUACUCCUUUUUUAAACCCUCUAGAAAGAUGCUUUCCUCCCUCUUUGUUGCAGAGAUAUCCAUCCCCAAAAGAUAUAGAUAAAGAAAAUGCAGAGUCUUAUCGUUGCGAGUUUCCCAAUUACGUCCCAAUGUUUGUGUUUCCUAAUGACAUAACUAUCAAGCGGUCUUGCACUCGUCCUGCUUCAACGCACCAUACGUUUGGCUUGACAAGUGAGGACAACUCCAAGGUUUAUGGCAUUUGCUUGAUUAAUUGGGUAAAGAUGCCUUUGGAGAUGCAAUCGGACCUACGAAAGGCUUGUGAUAUUUGGCGAAGUCUUUAUGCAUCACCAGAAGAUUUAGAAGUUGCUAAUAUUUUGUUGUUUAAGCUGCGUGCCGAAAAAGAUCAUCUUUCGCAACUACGUGAGAUGAGCAGAAAGGCCGAGCAAACUCCCUUUUUAAACGCAUAUUUCUCAGAGCAGUUUGCUACACACGAAGAAAAUAUACAUCUUUACGAAGAGAUGUUACGUCCUAUGAAAAAUUUACUUUUUGGAUUAACUGAUAUAUUCACUGAAGGCGAACAUCUUUGGUUGCCAAAGGCAUAUGGCCUUUUAACUAAACGGCCUUACUUGCAGUCUUUCUGUCGUGAUUGGCUUCGAGUUUUAUGCUCAUCCCUUCUUGUCGAUGAGCUUGAUUACAUUCCUCCUUCUGACGUUGCUUUCUUACGAAAUAUGUCUAUUGAGGCUUACAUUAAAAACGUAUGCGAUGAAAUACCUUUACCGCCCAGAGGACUUUCUCAAACUCGUGUUGAAGUUGGACCUCUCCAACUCUGUGCUUUUCGAAGUCCUUUGAAUGAAAUUCCUGGAUGGAGUGAUGUGGAUUUGUAUCCUCUAUUUCGUGCUUUAGACUUCCGGAACAUCCUAACUCUUUUCGAAGCGGCGCUGCUAGAGUCGAAAAUUUUGUUUUUAUCUAAAAGUAUAAGCAUGCUUAGCUAUGCGUCAUUCGCUCUUAUUCAUCUGCUUUAUCCACUAGAAUGGCAGGGUUUAUUCAUUCCUGUUCUAUCGAGGAGGUUGAUUUCGUGUCUGGAAGCACCUUGCUCUUAUAUCAUUGGUAUUUCCAGUGAUGCUAUAGCUUUGGAAAAUUUACAGUCGGAUAGUAUACCGCUUGUUGUAUGCGAUUUGGAUAAUAAUUUGGCGAAAACUUAUGGAACCCCGGUUACUUUACCUGCUUCCCUACGGCAUAAAUUGUAUGCGAACUUGAGUACAGCUGCUCCCCUGCACUCUCAUUACGAUAUACCUUUUGGGGUUCCAAAAUAUGUGUGUGAAACUUAUCCUAAUAAAACGGUGCCUUUGAGUACCACGACUAGUUUUCCGUUUCGAGAAAGGUUUCAUGUUCCGUCCUUCCUUUCUCGAAAUCCUUGGGCUAGCAGAAAUUUGUAUGUGGUACCACCGGUAUUAAAUGGUUUCCUAAGAUUUCAUGAAAACAAUUCAAACAUUACAAUUCCGAAACAAUUCGGUCUUACAAGAUCAUUGAGUAGAAUCUCUUCUCAUGGGCGCUUAACAGCUGAGCAUUCGCGUCACUUCUCAUCUCCACCUUCGACCAGGUCUGAUUCUCCUAUGGUACACGAAUCUAAACUUCCGUAUUCAUCUGUUUCUGAAAGCGUUCGGAGAAACUCAAUGACAGCUGCUCAUACGUACUGCGAUGGACAGCAUGAAGAGCCUUUUAAAAAAAAUAAAUCUGCUGUGAACGUCCCUUACAUAAACAACGUUGCCGAGAAAAUGAGUAAGCAUCUUCUUUAUAAGGAAGGACACAAACUUCGAUACGUUUCCAUUGAUUUAUAUACGGUUGGUUCUUAUGUUGUCUGUGCUGUUUCUGGUGCUCCCUUAGAACAAACUCAUUUACGAUGUGACAACUGUGGCUUACAUAUUAAUGUCGGGACAAUUCGAUACGUAUGUUUGCCUUGUACUCCCGUUUGUUUUAAUGGGCAAUUGGUGUCAACUGCCUUUUUAAAGUUUUUUACGAAAAUACUUGGUCCUUAUAGACACUACUUUCAGAAAAAAGAUGAAAAUCACCAAGUUGGUCAAAGAAAGUACGAGUCAUUCAACUAUAAAAAAUUUGCACGUCAUUCAUCCAAAAUUCAUGGAGAUUGGAUCUUUAGUUUUUGCAAUACUCAAGCAUUUUCCGAAUUUGUGAGCGAUCGAUCUCAGUGUGAUCGCAAUGAUCCAAAAAUUGCCUUAUUCGAUCAGUUAUUGUUAUGCGAAAAAAAUAAUGGAAAGCCUCGUCUGUUUGGAAAACCCACAUCUUUCUUGCAGGAUAGAAGUUUUGAAUUCCAAAAAUUCGAGAUAGCGCCCACGCCGGAUUGUUCUUAUGAAAAAUAG